AUGAACCAAAGCUGGAGUGACUGGAUCUACCAAGUGCCCGCUAUUCUAGUUCUUGCUAUUAAUCUCCUCUUCUUGGUCCGCAUCAUGUGGGUGCUGAUCACUAAGCUGAGGUCGGCGAACAACGCAGAGACGGAGCAAUACAGGAAGGGCUGCAAGGCACUCCUAGUCCUCAUCCCCCUGCUAGGCAUCACCUACAUCCUCUUCAUCGCCGGCCCCCAGUCAGCCGUCUACAGCAACAUCAGGGCCCUACUCUUGUCAACACAGGGACUGUCGGUGGGCCUGCUGUACUGCUUCCUGAACACAGAGGUGCAGAACACCCUGAGGCACCGGUGGCUGCGGUGGAGGGAGGAGCGCUCAUUGGCCACCAGGGCCUAUGCCAAGGAUAUGUCCCCCAACACCAGGACAGAGAGUAUCAGGUAAUCACUACUUGAUAUAUUCAGUGCUACGUUUCUAGCUAUCAGCUUUUUUUGAAGGCGGAAGUGAAGGGGAUGUACAAUGAUCUUACUAGAGUGAUAUUUAGGAAUAAAGUUUCAUUCCAAUCCCAAGACAUUGAGAUCCAAUUUG